AUGACAUUGUACGUUGUGACUACGGUGACACUGCAGAGUACCCCUGUUAUUCUUGGACUUGGAUUGGCUGCAGUAGGCCUUAUAGGUCGCCAAAUAGCAAAACAGAUGAAAGGAAAGAAUGUCCAGGAUUUUGUUAAGUUGGCCGGGAUUAGUACGUCAAAGUACUACCGUGGUGGGUUUGAGCCCAAGAUGACACGCAGAGAAGCUGCUUUAAUUCUCGGUGUUCCUCAGUCCUCUAACAAGUUGAAGAUUCGAGAGGCUCACAAACGUAUAAUGCUCCUCAAUCAUCCUGAUCGAGGUGGAUCGCCUUAUUUAGCGGCGAAAAUUAAUGAAGCAAAAGACUACCUAGAAAACGAGAAGUAA